AUGCCAUAUAAUAAGAAGACUGCUGGAAAAAGAGCCCCUGCAAAAAGGAAACUUGCUGAAGUGUUUGCUCUGGGGGAGGUUCUAGCAGAUACAUCAAGAAAAGAAUGGAAAUUAGGUGUCCCUAUAGGGCAAGGAGGCUUUGGACGCCUGUACCUUGCUGAUGUUAAUUCUUCAAAGUCAGUUGGCAGUGAUGCACCUUAUGUUGCAAAAGUGGAACCCAGCCAGAAUGGACCUCUUUUUACUGAGUUAAAGUUCUACAUGCGAGCUGCUAAGCCAGAUGAAAUUCAGAAGUGGACUAAGUCCCAUAAACUGAAAUAUUUAGGUGUACCAAGAUAUUGGGGUUCUGGCUUGCAUGAAAAAAAUGGAAACAGUUAUCGAUUUAUGAUAAUGGACCGAUUUGGCAGAGAUCUUCAGAAGAUGUAUGAAGAGAAUGCAAAGCGAUUUUCCCAUAAAACCGUACUACAAUUAGGCCUGAGAAUACUUGAUAUUCUGGAAUACAUCCAUGAGCAUGAAUAUGUGCAUGGAGACAUCAAGGCCUCAAACCUUCUUGUGAGUUACAAGAACCCUAAUCAGGUGUACUUGGUGGAUUAUGGACUUGCCUACCGAUACUGUCCUGAAGGAGUUCACAAAGUAUAUAAAGAAGAUCCUAAAAGGUGUCAUGAUGGAACUAUUGAAUAUACCAGUAUUGAUGCACACAAGGGUGUGGCGCCAUCGAGACGUGGUGAUCUGGAGAUCUUGGGUUACUGUAUGAUUCAUUGGCUUAGUGGCCAUCUACCCUGGGAGGAUAAUUUGAAAGAUCCAAAUUUUGUCAGAGACUCAAAAAUCAGAUGUAGAGAUAAUAUUUCAGUUUUUAUGGACAAAUGCUUUCCUGGGAAAAAUAAACCAGAUGAAAUAGCCAAAUAUAUGGAAAAGGUGAAGCUACUGAACUACGAAGAGAAACCUGUUUAUCAGCAUUUCCGAGAAAUACUUCUGCAAGGUCUUAAGGCCAUUGGGCAAAAAGAUGAUGGAGUACUUGACUUUGGCUUGUCAGAGAAUGGAGACUUGCAAACAAAUCCCAUACAAAAGAAAAAAAGAAAGGCAGCAGCUGCAACCAAUGAGAGCACUGAAGCAGAAAUGGAAGAUACAGGAAGUCCAGAAAAAAAGAAACCUACUCCUUCUAAUGCGGUAGCUACCAGAACCCGGAAGGUGACCUCACCAAAACCCAAGAAAGGCACAGCAACCAGAAAGAGAGUCCAGAAGUAAAUAACAGGUGGAGCAACGAAUUAAGUUGCUCUUUGGCUCAUCUCCGGGUUUUUUUCAGUUACUGUAGCACUGGAAUCUUUUUCUUUCCCUUUUAAAUGAUGAAUCCUGUAAAAACAUGGACUGCUGUUUGUACCUGGUUUUGAGAAGAAAUGUUUUAUUAAAAUAUUUGCAUAAUUUAUGUAUACUUUAAUACUAAUGCAAAAUUUUGCCAACUUUGAAGUGAGGAUGUGUUUUUAUUCUUUAUAUAGACAAAUUCAUGUCUUAAAGGCAAACUAAAAGAAAGUGCUUUUUUUUCUGCUUUAUAAUGUAGAAAUAAAGCCUUAUUUAGUUUCAUUAUGGGUAUUUUAUAAGGAACAGUGGUGGUGCAUCUGAUUUCUUCUAAUUUUGAGUGAAGUCUUAUUGGAGGUCACUUAGAUGUACACUGAGAUGAAGUCUGAAAUGGUAGAGACAUCUUUUAAAUAUUUCUCAGUUGUUUG